CUCAAUUUGAGCUAGAAAAAAUUGAUUUCUUGAUAUUCUUUAGUGUUGGAGGUAUACCAUAAUCUUAUAUCUUGUGUGAUUUCAGUUAUUUUGGUUUAAUAAUUCAAAAUUUAACUGUAUUUCAAGAUGUCUUUUGUGUUAACAGAAACUGCUGCCGGUUAUGCUCUAUUAAAAUCUUCUGAUAAAAAAAUUUACAAAAGUACAACUCUUGUACAGGAUUUAAAUUCCUCUCAAAAAGUUGCCUCACAAUUUAAAAUUGCUGCUUUUUCUAAAUUUGAUUCUGCUGCAAAUGCUUUAGAAGAAUCGAAUUCGAUUAUAGAAGGAAAAGUUUCUCCUCAAUUAGAAAAGUUAUUGAAAGAAUGCACUUCUUCUAAAAAAGCAACACUAGUUGUUUCUGAUACCAAGUUAGCUAAUGCUAUCAACAAAUUAGGUUUGAAUUUAUCAUUGAUAUCUGAUGCUGCUUCCUUGGAUUUAUAUAGGGCAAUUAGAGAAUACUUACCUGAUUUAUUACCUGGCUUAACCGAUCAAGAUCUUUCGAAAAUGUCCUUAGGUUUAUCUCAUUCAAUUGGUCGUCAUAAACUUAAGUUUUCUGCUGAUAAAGUUGAUACUAUGAUUGUUCAAGCAAUUGCUUUGUUGGAUGAUUUAGAUAAAGAAAUAAAUGUAUAUGCAAUGAGAUGUAAAGAAUGGUAUGGGUGGCACUUUCCAGAAUUAGCUAAAAUUGUUACUGAUUCUGUUGCGUAUUCAAGAAUUAUCAUAAAAAUGGGUAUAAGAUCUAAUUGUUUUGAAACUGACUUUGCUGAUAUCUUACCUGAAGAAAUAGAAGAAAGAGUCAAAUCUGCUGCCGAAGUUUCGAUGGGUACCGAAAUUACUGAUAUUGAUUUAUUAAAUAUUACUGCCUUAGCAAACCAAAUUGUUGAAUUUUCUGCUUACAGAGAACAAUUAUCUAAUUAUCUUACAUCAAGAAUGAAAGCAAUCGCUCCAAAUUUAACUGCUUUACUUGGUGAAUUGGUUGGCGCCAGGUUAAUAGCUCACGCUGGUUCUUUAAUUUCUUUGGCCAAGGCCCCUGCUUCAACUGUUCAAAUUCUUGGUUCUGAAAAAGCCUUAUUCAGAGCUUUAAAAACAAAGCAUGAUACACCAAAAUAUGGUUUGAUUUAUCAUGCCUCUUUAGUUGGUCAAGCAACCGGUAAAAAUAAGGGUAAAAUUGCUAGAGUGUUGGCAGCAAAAGCUUCUCUUGCAUUAAGAUACGAUGCUUUAGCUGAGGAAAGAGAUGAUAAUGGUGACUUGGGUAUUCAGGUUAGAUCUAAAGUUGAAGAAAGAUUGAGCAUUUUAGAAGGGAGGGAUUUAAAAACCUCAACAAAAAUCAACAAAAAUGAUCCAAAAUUUAAUAUAACCGAAGCCAGAGCUUAUAACGUUGAUGCUGAUGCUUUACCAGAUGUUUCUAUGAAAGAAGUAGACUCGGAUGAUGAGAGUGAUGAUGAAAGUGUAGCAAUAAAAGAAAAUACAAAGAAAGAGAAAAAAGAAAAGAAAGAGAAAAAAGAAAAGAAAGAGAAAAAAGAAAAGAAAGAGAAAAAAGAAAAGAAGGAAAAGAAAGAGAAGAAGGAAAAGAAGGAAAAGAAAGAUAAAAAAGAGAAAAAAGACAAGAAAGAGAAAAAGGAAAAGAAAAGCAAAAAGAGAAAGAUAGAUGAAGACGAUGAUGAAGAUAUCAAAAAUGAAGUACCUGUAAAGAUCCCAAAGAAAGACAAAAAAGACAAAAAAGAUAAAAAAGAUAAAAAAGACAAGAAAGAUAAAAAGAAGAAAGAUAAAAAAUAAUUAAACAGUAAAAGUAUUAUAAAUUAUUUUAAAUUUAGUGUUUACUUCUAAAACUCAAAGAAUUAGAAAUUAAUUUGUAUUGCAUAUAUCAACUACACUUAUUUUAUU